ACACACAGAUUUUACCAGUAUUCUUUAUAAGGACUAGAUGAGAUAGUGGCAGAACCGUCAUUACUGCGUGCCAUAAUAACGUCAGAUCAAGGAUCCCCUCGCGGCACGAAGGCAUGAGUGAUCGCCAACUGUUCGAGAACACUGCUCCACUUACCCCACACUGUGGUAGACCCUCCACAAAGGCCUACAAAGGCAAGGUACUGUACAGGAAUUGAUCCAAGCAAUUGAGCCGCCAGGCACUCAGUUCGACAUCUCACCCCCAAUCUCCUCUCUACAAAGGCUCAAGGCGACGACAUACCUAUCGCUCGCACUUUCAACAAUCCAGCCGGCGAGUAAAAGACGUCAGCGAUCAUGUUUGUUCUUCCGCCCCCUCCUCGAUAUCUCUCGCAUGCUGCCUAUAAUGCGGCUAUAGCUGCUGGUCAGGUGCUGCCUAUGAUCGAGACGAACAAUAUCCUAUCGACCCCAACAGGACCCGAAUAUCAGCUGCUCGUUGGAGAAGGGACAUACGUGCUUAAGGAGGAUUUACAUCUAGCUACGCCUCCACCGCAUCCUUCAGAGGCUCCGACUAUUAACCCGAACCCUCUUGCCACAAACCCCCAGCCGGCUUCGGCUGGGACAAAGAUAUCAUUACUAUCCCUCAGCACCCGCAAUUCGGCACCAUCAUACUUUAGACAACGGGCGAAUUCGAGAUUGAAUGCGCCUAUACAUGAGCACCCUGGUGAAGAGCGGGCAUCGGCAGAGUUGGGCACCGAGGGUGGCGCAGGUAGCCCGCGAAGCAGUAACAUUACCCACACACUAUCCCAUGCUUCAACCCCGGCUUUCGGAGAAGGCAAUUCGUUGCUUUCACCCCAAGUAGGCAAAGAUGCCUCAAAACGCAGGAAGCCGAAGAACAACAUGGCAAAGAGCAACUCUUCGUUCAUAUCCCGCGUGAUCACUAACGAGGGGUUGGCAAAGCGCCUGGCGGACCGUCCUUCGGAUGGGAUGUUCGCAUUUGUUAAUGUCAAUCGAGCCUUUCAAUGGCUUGAUCUUUUCUCGCCGAACAAGCAAGAUUAUCUGACUAAGAUACUGUUUACGAAAGCUCACUGUUUGUGCCACGAUAUUAACACCGUGACUAAGAGCGCCACUCAUAUGGACUUGAUUAUGGGCUUCUCCACCGGUGAGAUUAUAUGGUAUGAACCAAUCUCGCAAAAGUAUACACGUCUAAAUAAGAAUGGGAUCAUCAACGCGACUCCCGUGUCGGAGAUUCGCUGGAUACCUGGAUCCGAGAACCUCUUCCUCGCAGCACAUAUGGAUGGGUCUCUUGUUGUAUAUGAUAAAGAGAAGGAAGAGGCCGCCUUUCUUCCGGAAGAAAAGAGCAACGAGGCUUUGGAUGUCAUCAUCGAGGCUGACGGACGUGAGAGCUUGCACAUCGAGAAAUCCGUCCAUUCUCGAAACCAAAAGGUCAAUCCGGUGUCGUUCUGGAAAUUAUCGAACCAACGGAUUAAUGCAUUUGCAUUUUCGCCAGACAACAGACAUCUUGCGGUUGUCUCCGAAGACGGCACUCUCCGGAUCAUUGACUACUUAAAAGAGGAGCUCCUGGACCUUUAUACAAGCUAUUAUGGUGGCCUCUUAUGUGUGUGCUGGUCACCUGAUGGGAAAUACGUCCUCACAGGCGGACAAGACGAUCUCGUGUCGAUAUGGUCAAUGACCGAGUCAAUGAUCGUUGCGCGAUGCCAGGGACAUCAAUCGUGGGUAACAGCUGUAGCAUUCGACCCCUGGAGAUGUGAUGACAGGAACUACCGUUUCGGAAGCGUUGGAGAAGACUGCAGGCUACUGCUGUGGGAUUUCAACGUGGGCAUGUUGCAUAGGCCGAAAGCUGCUUCGGUGCGGCACAGAAAUAGUGUCUCCUCGCGUUUCACAAAUGCGCUUCAGAGAGCUGAAACGCAGACUACGAUAGCAGGUCGGGUUACCGAUUCCAACAUAUCCACAGACACGGACGAGGGAUUGAAGACCGGGCACCCUGUAGAGCCGAAGUCGCGGGUCGCUAUACUCCCCCCUGUACUGUCCAAAAACAUCGGUGCAGAUCCUCUCUGCUGGCUGACGUUCACUAAGGAGGCGAUUAUAACAAGUUGCAAGACAGGUCAUAUUCGAAUUUGGAAUAGGCCGACUGAUGCUGCUGGCACCCCUGAGAAGCCUACUGUGUAAAGCAUAACUUACUUCCCGAUUACAAUAUAAGCAGCUAUCAGACAGAGAACAAUAUGUUGUAACGUAGGUCAUGGUGUAAGUCGUCUAAUGGCGUAGAUCGCGCAGUUCGCCCAGCCACAACCUGGUUGGUCUCGUAUUCCCAACCACAACCCAACAAUGGUCUGUAGUAAAAGCGUACGUGCUGCGGAACUCGAAGUUCUAGUCGCUGAGGCAGUUUUGGGAAUCCAAAAGAAGUACAAGUCCUCGUACGCAGCUACAAAAGCUCUUAAGACUUUGCAAGGACACUGUGAAGAAACGACUAAACGGCGGCCUCUCACGCGUUAGAGCACGCCAACAACAACAAAUUCUUUCAUACUAACGGCUACGCACCUAGUCAUCGAAUUUUACGAGAGAUUGCAGAUGAAAUCCGCAUCAACCGUUAUUGCAUCUUCGAACUUUCUGCUGAUAGGCGCGUCCCAAACACACAUGACAUCACAUACACCCAAAUUCCAAACCUACCUUUAGGGCAGGAGUGGGUUCUAUGCUUCAUUAGACGCCUAUCCACACUUACAAGUACGACUAGGAAGACGGAUCGAAUCACAAAGGAUGAACGGUGUUACAAAAGACGUGGUAGUAGGAUGGUUUGACGCGUACAAGGACCUUGUGACGCGUCUCAAAAUCAAAGAACACAACGUAUAUAACAUGGAUGAGACUGGCUUUUCGAUUGGAACUAUAGAAUGUACUCGAAUCAUUGUUGAUUCCACGCUCCGUAUGCGCCAUUAGGCUCACCAAGGCCGUCAAGAAUGGGUGUCCGCAGUGCAUCUAUCUAGACGGCACGGCCAUCAACCCUCUUAUCAUGUUCAAAGGUCUCAACGUUUUGCAAAGCUAGAUUCCACAGGAGGUUAUUGAUAAAUGGCACUUCUCUACAAACUCGAAAGGAUGGACAAGCAAUCGUAGAUGGACUCGAGUGGUUAAAACGCGUGUUCGAGCUAGCAACGCGUGCGAAAGCAGAUGGAGGACAACGACUUCUUAUUUGUAAUGGCCA